AUGAGCAACAAAAUGUGGGAGGUUGAUCCCGAAACCAAGAGCAAGCUCCUAGACAUCCAAAAGACCAACGAGAACAACCGCUGCGUCGACUGCGGUGCUCCCAGCCCGCAAUGGUUCGGCAUCUUCUUCUGUCUGUCCUGCUCUGGUACCCACCGCUCUCUCGGCGUCCACAUCUCCUUUGUGCGAUCAAUCACCAUGGACUCGUUCAAAGUCCAGGAGGUCGAGCGCAUGUCCAAGGGCGGCAACAAGCCUUGGAAGGACUUCUUCGAUGCUCACGAAUCAAACUCCCUCCAAGGCCGCACCUUUGACGAAUGCACCAUCCAGGAACGCUACGACAGCGACGCCGGUGAGGAGUGGAAAGAGCGCCUGACCGCAAAGGUCGAGGGCAAGGAAUACGUACCUGGCACAAAGAGCAGUGGCAUGGCUGCUCGCGCAAAGCCUGCCUCCUCGGCUUCGACCAGCAGAAGCCAAACUCCCCUUGGUGCCUCGUCUGCUGCUCCUCCCUCGCAAAAGGUCCAGAACGAAGCCUACUUUGCCCGCAUGGGCGCCGAGAACGCUCACAGACCGGACACUCUACAUCCUAACCAGGGCGGCAAGUACGCCGGUUUCGGCAGCGAGCCCAUGCCUUCGUCCUCCUCAAACUCGACCACAAUCCCUGGCGUGGAUGAUUUCCAGAAGGAUCCCGUCGCAGCACUCACAAAGGGGUUUGGUUGGCUGAGCAGCACCGUGACCAAACAAGCAAAGACCGGUUAUGAUGGUUGGGUCAAGCCCAACAUGCAGAAGGUCGAAGCCGAUCUUGCUGCCCAGGCACGCAUGACAGCAGCACAAUUGGGUCAGGGUCUGCAGACAAGCACAAAGACAGCCGCCGAGACCUUUAACCGCUUCGUUGAGGGUGACGAGAGACUGACACCCAAGGGAGGCAAAGGUCCAGCAGCAGACAAGCGAGACUUCUGGGACAGUUUUGGUGACGCCCCUCAGGGACCUGCAAACGACAAGAAGGACUUCUGGGACGACUUUGCUGCUGCUGGUGAGACUGCAACACAGAAGAAGGCCGCUUCCUCCAGUAUAGGGACGAGCGCCAUGAAGAAGCCUACAAGUUCACAGCAAAAGUCGAGCGAUGAUACUUGGGGCGACUGGUAG